GUGAAAUCACAUGCCGGCUGCUACCCUCUGGCUCUCACUCACUCUCAGCUCAUUCACACCAUUUUCCACAUCUUUUUAUUCAACUUUUUGCUACACAAUCCAUUCAAAAAAGUUCUCCCAUUAUUUUCAUCUCUGAAAAUCAAUACCCAUCUCAUUUUUUGAACGAAUCAAACCUCAAAUUACCAAAAAAAAGCUAUGGCUUUUGAGAAGAUCAAGGUUGCCAACCCCAUCGUUGAGAUGGAUGGAGAUGAAAUGACUCGGGUUUUCUGGAAAUCAAUCAAGGACAAGCUUAUCUUCCCCUUUUUGGACCUAGACAUAAAGUACUAUGACCUCGGCCUUCCUUAUCGUGAUGCCACUGAUGACAAAGUUACAAUUGAAAGUGCGGAGGCUACUCUUAAGUACAAUGUAGCAAUCAAGUGUGCGACAAUAACACCAGAUGAAGCUCGUGUGAAGGAGUUUAACUUGAAGCAGAUGUGGAGGAGUCCAAAUGGGACAAUCAGGAAUAUUUUAAAUGGCACUGUUUUCAGAGAACCAAUUAUUUGCAAGAACGUUCCCCGGCUCGUCCCAGGUUGGACAAAGCCAAUUUGCAUCGGGAGACAUGCUUUUGGUGAUCAGUACCGAGCAACUGAUGCAGUUAUUAAAGGAGCUGGCAAACUCAAAUUGGUGUUUGUGCCUGAAGGAAAAGAUGAGAAGACAGAGUUAGAGAUCUUUGACUUUAAAGGUGCUGGGGGAGUGGCGCUGGCUAUGUACAACACUGAUGAGUCCAUCCGUUCUUUCGCUGAUGCUUCUAUGAACGUUGCAUAUGAGAAGAAAUGGCCUCUUUAUCUUAGCACAAAAAAUACCAUCCUUAAGAAGUACGAUGGAAGAUUCAAGGACAUUUUUGAGGAAGUCUAUGAAGCCAGCUGGAAAGCAAAGUAUGAGGCUGCAGGAAUUUGGUAUGAACACCGGCUCAUUGAUGACAUGGUGGCUUAUGCUGUCAAGAGUGAAGGUGGUUACGUUUGGGCUUGCAAGAACUAUGAUGGAGAUGUGCAGAGUGAUUUCUUAGCUCAAGGUUUUGGGUCACUUGGAUUGAUGACAUCUGUUCUGGUUUGCCCAGAUGGUAAGACUAUUGAAGCAGAGGCAGCUCAUGGUACAGUUACUCGACACUACAGGGUUCAUCAGAAAGGUGGUGAGACCAGCACAAACAGUAUAGCUUCCAUCUUUGCUUGGUCGCGAGGUCUUGCACACAGGGCCAAGUUGGAUGACAAUGCCAAACUCUUGGAUUUCACUGAGAAGCUUGAAGCAGCUUGUAUUGGCGUGGUGGAGUCUGGAAAGAUGACUAAGGACCUUGCAUUGCUUAUUCAUGGAUCCAAGGUUACGCGAGAACAGUAUCUCAAUACUGAAGAGUUCAUUGAUGCUGUUGCAGCAGAGCUGACAUCAAAACUCAGCAAAGCAUGAUUGGCGCGCCAAGGGUGUGAAGAAUGAAAUCUAUUGGGAUGAAAUAAAGGUUUAGGAGAAAGGGAGAGGGGUCAGGGCUCAGUUCGGUAUCUCUUGUUUGCUUUAGCAGAUCCCUCAUGUUCUGACUUCAAUUUAAUGUUUUUUGUUUCAUGAACGAUACGCUUGAAGCUUUUAUUUAAUUUUUAUUUUUUCUGCCAA